CGCGCUUGGAUCAGCCCUCUGGUAUUUCCUGCUGCCCCGGCCACCGCCGGCUGAGCCCCCUCGGCCGGGCCCAGUGGAGCCCGGCCCGGCUCGGAGCACCGACCCGAGCGCGGCACGGUAGGGGCCCUGCAGCCGAAGCCCCCCAGCACCCACGCCAUGAAGGAGGAGGCCUUUCUCCGGCGUCGCUUCUCGCUGUGCCCCCCGGCCUCCACACCACAGAAGACCGAUCCCCGGAAACUUCCACGGAACUUGCUUCUUGGCUGUGAGAAUGAGCUCAGCCCGGUCAGCCCAGGAAGGGACAUGGAUUCCAAUGGCCAGUCACCACCCAGAGAUGAAGAACCCCUGACCCCAGGCUCUGCCACGAAGGUGCCACCGGCUGAGUACAGGCUAUGCAAUGGAUCUGACAAAGAAUGUGUCUCCCCAACGGCCAGGGUCUCCAAGAAGGAUGCUCUCAAGGCCCAGAAGGAGAGCUACCGGCAGGAAAAGAAGCGGGCCACGAAGCAACUGUUCAGUGCCCUGACGGACCCCAGUGUGGUCAUCAUGGCUGACAGCCUAAAGAUCCGAGGGACCCUGAAGAGCUGGACGAAGCUGUGGUGUGUGCUGAAGCCCGGGGUGCUGCUCAUCUACAAGACACCCAAGGUGGGCCAGUGGGUGGGCACGGUGCUGCUGCACUGCUGCGAGCUCAUCGAGCGCCCCUCCAAGAAGGAUGGCUUCUGCUUCAAGCUCUUCCACCCGCUGGACCAGUCUGUGUGGGCUGUGAAGGGCCCCAAGGGUGAGAGUGUGGGCUCCAUCACCCAGCCCCUCCCCAGCAGCUACCUGAUCUUCAGGGCGGCCUCGGAGUCAGAUGGCCGCUGCUGGCUGGAUGCCCUGGAGUUAGCCCUGCGCUGCUCCAGCCUGCUGCGGCUGAGCUCCUGCAAGCAGAGCCGCGAUGGGGACCCGGGAUCUUCACCGGAUGCGUCACCCUCUUCCCUCUAUGGACUGCCCGCCUCAGCCACCGUCCAGUCGGAUCAAGAUCUAUUCCCGCUGAACGGGACUGCCUUGGAGAACGAUGCGUUAUCAGACAAGUCCGAGCGAGAGAAUGCCGAAGACUCGGAUGCCGAGACACAGGACCACAGUCAAAAGACCAAUGAAAGUGGGAGCGACCCGUCAGACAGCCCUGGGGGGCCCCACAGGGGGACUACCUAUGUGGAACAGAGCCAGGAGGAGCUGGGAGAGCUGGGCGAGGGAUCCCAGGUGGAGACAGUGUCGGAGGAAAACAAGAGCCUGAUGUGGGUGCUGCUGCGACAGCUACGGCCGGGCAUGGACUUGUCUCGGGUGGUGCUGCCCACCUUUGUGUUGGAGCCUCGAUCCUUCCUCAACAAGCUCUCAGAUUAUUACUGCCAUGCGGACCUGCUGUCCAGGGCGGCGGCAGAGGAAGAUCCCUAUUGCCGCAUGAAGCUCGUGCUGAGGUGGUACCUGUCUGGCUUCUACAAGAAGCCCAAGGGCAUCAAGAAGCCCUACAACCCCAUUCUGGGGGAGACCUUCCGCUGCCGCUGGCUGCACCCUCAGACCAACAGCCACACCUUCUACAUAGCAGAGCAGGUGUCCCACCACCCACCCGUGUCUGCCUUCCAUGUCAGCAACCGGAAGGAUGGCUUCUGCAUUAGCGGCAGCAUCACGGCCAAGUCCAGGUUCUACGGGAACUCACUGUCCGCCCUGCUAGACGGCAAGGCCAAGCUCACCUUCCUGAACCGUGCGGAGGAGUACACCCUCACCAUGCCCUAUGCCCACUGUCGAGUCUGGAAGCCAGCAAGCCCCAGUGAUCCUCCAGUCUCUCUCCCCCUCAGAGCUGACAUUACAGGGAUCCUGUAUGGCACCAUGACCAUGGAACUGGGAGGCAAAGUGACCAUCGCUUGUGAGAAGAACAGUCUCCAAGCUGAGCUGGACUUUAAACUCAAGCCUUUCUUUGGUGGCAGCACCAGCAUCAACCAGCUCGCCGGGAAGAUCACAUCUGGAGAGGCGGUCCUGGCGCGCCUCACUGGACACUGGGACAGAGAUGUGUUUAUCAAGGAAGAGGGCGGCGGAGGCACGGAGGUCUUCUGGACCCCAAGUGAGGAGGUGCGUGGGCAGAGGCUAAAGCGGCACACGGUGCUGAUUGAGGAACAGACCGAGCUGGAGUCUGAAAGGCUCUGGCAGCACGUCACCAGGGCCAUCCACGAUGGUGACCAGCAUAAAGCCACACAGGAAAAGUCUGUACUGGAGGAGGCCCAGCGCCAGCGGGCCCGGGAGCUUGAGCGGAGCUUCACGGCCUGGAAACCACAACUGUUCCAUCUGGACCCGCUCACCCAGGAAUGGCAUUACCGAUACGAGAACCACAGCCCCUGGGACCCCCUGAAGGACAUUGCCCAGUUUGAGCAAAAUGGAAUUCUUCACACCCUGCAGCGGGAGACCAUGGCCUGCCAGACCACCUUUCUGGGGAGCCCAGUGUCCGGGCAUGAGAGGCCUGGCCCUGACCAGCGAUUCCGCAAAGCCAGUGACCAGCCCUCUGGCCACAGCCAAGUCACUGAGAGUAGUGGUUCCACACCCGAGUCCUGCCCAGAUCUCUCUGAUGAGGACUUCGUAAUCCCUGGCAGCAAGAGCCUGUGUCCGCGGUGCAGACGAGAGGCGCAGCGGCUACGGGUGCUGCAGGAGGCUGUGCUGUCCAUCCAGGAGGCUCAGCAGGAACUGCACAGACACCUCUCAGCCACCUUGAGCUCUAUAGUACGGGCUGGGCAGACACCCGCCCCAGGUCUCCUGCAGAGCCCUCGCUCCUGGUUCCUGCUCUGCGUAUUCCUGACAUGUCAGCUGUUCAUUAACUACGUUCUCAAAUAAGAGCCCUUGGGAUCAGCAAAGCGAUACCUGCUGAACUCCCUCCUAGGCACCCAGCACUUUACGCCAGCCCCAUGGAGGCAGAGAGGCCCCCAGGCACAGCCACUGGAACAGAUGGGUCCUUGUGCAGGAGGACGGCAGGUGGGGUCUGGGGCCCCAGGUCGCUGUGGCUCCAGCGUGUGGGACCCUCCAGGGAGCGCUGGCUUCUCCUGCAGGGCCCUCUACCCAGCACUGGCCUUAACGCUAAAGCCAAAUGCAGUUCCACACUGAGGUGUGCCCUUGGCCUUCCCCCAAGGCCACUCCCAGGCCAGCUCCCACUCACCGCAUGACAUCAGAUCUGGGGGGCAGGUGGGUCUGCUCCAGCUCUAGACAGCCACCCCCCCCCAGUGGUGAGCGAGGAAGCAUCCAAGAGUGGCUGGAAGGAAGGCUCCAGGAGCCAUGGACUUUUGAUGGCAACCUACCUACUUUGUGCUCCUGAAAAGUGAGGCUUGGACAUGGGCAGGCUGGCAGCCAUGCUGGUGGGGGCACUUGGGGUUUAUUCUGCCAGUGAGCUGUUUGGACCUGAGCCCAGUACAGGUAGUUACCACAUCCAUACCUGUCCUAUAGGCAAAGGAGCCUGCCUGUGCCAGGGGUGUGUCCUGGCCACUGCAGUGUAGGCCCAUGAGCAGGAACCCCACUCAAGGGGUGUCCCAAAGUCAAGGGAGUUCACGCUCACCCCAUGCCCUGACCAACACAGUCUUCCCAUGUUGACAGUUUCUAAUACAUUGCAAUACUUGAGGCAGCCACGUACAGUGACCAGCCUCUGGCAUCCAGCUGCAGACCCUGUGCGGAUGACGCUCUGUGCGUGCGCGUACGCAUGUGUGGGCAUCCACAUGUAUUCACAUUCGGAGCCUUAAGACGUUGUGGGUGCCAUCACCGCUGUAAGUGAUUAUUUCAUUUUCCAAGUUUUGUACCCACAUUUGUGUCUCUCCUUCCCCAAUCAGGGGAUGUGUCUAUGCUCUAUGCCUUGAAAUAAAUGAACAUACAUGUUGUA